CUGUGCAGCCACACUGUGCUCUCAAACUGUGAAAAAGAGUUACAGUGCAGAGAGUGCUCCUGCGCUUCUACUUAUGCAUUUCUUUUGCAUGCAUAAGCUCUAAAAUCUGCUCAUUAUAUAAGUAUAUUUUUCCAUUUCUGUUUAUGUGUACAUUUUUUAUACUUUAAAUUUUGCAUGGACCACUUAGGUAAGAUUUUUUUUAUUAUAAUUUUUUUUUUGCAUCGAAUUGCUUUGCACGUCAGAGUAAAAACAAAGUGGAAAAUGUUCUGUGACAGGAUUUGUUUUUAUGAGGACAUGAGAUGUAUCGGUGAAGAUGAGGGGAAAUACCCAAAGAAAUGGCAUCGUGGGAAAAUAGGGCACUCUGAGGGGACCUACAGGAACCAAAUGGAGUGGAUCUUUAAAAGAUGGAGGACACAAGAAGAGAGAUGGUACGGGAUAGGACGAGUGGGGGGUGGAGGGACAUAGGAUGGCGUGAGGACCGAGGCCUGUGGUUGGUUUGAUCUGAGCCACGUGUGCGUCCGGCCACGUCUCUUUGCCGCUUCAUGGAUGUCGGUGAAACGUUGGUUUCCCUUGCUGCCCGGUCUCUUCUAUCUUGGCCCAGGUAGGUGCAUACUGUCCUGUCAUUCUGAGUUUGCUGAUGAUGUGUCUUUGUCGCAGGCUGUUAUCCACGCCAGAAGUUGCUAUUGGGAAAGUUCCAUGUAUGUUUACUCUUCAAACCUCUUCGUCGUUCCAAGCCAAGGAACGGGACGAUGGCAAGCUUAAAGGCGUUGGGGAAAUAUGGCGUACAUCAGCCGUCCCGUUGGAUACUGGUCUACGACAAAAUUUUAACACGAUAAAAAGAAAUAGAGCACUGUCAGCAACAUAAAUAUCAUCAAAAUGGUUGAUAGAUUGACAAACCUAUUAACUAUUAGUUUGCAUUAUCUGGCAUUCUGUUAUAGAGAUGUUUGCAACGUACGCAAUGGGAUUUUGGAGAGUCGAAAUUGCUUCUUACCAGUGCUGUUCCUCAUGGGUCAACCAAUUCAGUGAUACUGCGACAACGAACCAAACUGCUUUGUUUUGAUUUAGGUGUUUCUUUAAAUCCACUAAAAAUUUUUUUACAUGAAAACAUAAAAAAGAACUUAUUUGAUAACAAAAAGGCAUUAAUGACUUUUUUCAAAAAAUAACUAAACUGUAUGUUUUCCAUGAUGAACGUCUUCUAGAAGAUUUUUAGAGCACAUGAAAAACCGUCUUUCAAUCAAAACACUGCUGGACUUAUUCGAGAUCGUGCAUUGCCUCUGCGAGAACUAGAAACAAUGUACAGUGAACCUAGAGCUAUAAAGACUUUAUGGCUGCGCACCAUUUCGGAUUAUAUGAUGACGCCAUUUUCAAUGCCUCCAAUGGCUGUCCGCCAUGUUUAAUUUCUUUGCAAAUUCACAAAGUUUAUGCACGGCCAAUGUUUUUUGGCCGUACACCAUAUUCUAAGUUAUCUGCCGACACCAACGGGAAAGUAUGAGUUGUUUAAAAAUAUGUUUUGUACUUACCAAUACCUUCAAUGCGAUAAUCCAGAAAAAAAAGAUGCCGAAAAGCGUUAGUCGUCAACAUCGUAAAAAGUAAACGAUGUAAUGUUAUUUUGUCUGCAAAUUUUCAGCUUAAAAAUUUUUGCAAUAAAAAACUUUUAAUUCUUUCAAAGGCAUUUAGAUUUUAAAUUAAAUUGUGAUUAUUACUAUUUUUUUUUAUCUUAUAGACCUUAUAUCCAAAUGUUAAAUCCAUUCAUUAGCAUUUCAAAGACACAGGCUUCAGGACUGUUAUAAAAGGCUGACUAAUCUCAUAGUCCUGGUCUCCACACAAUCUUUACCGUUUAAUGUGCGUGACGAUAAAACAAUUUGCAGUUGUUUUAAGAAAAUAAAUGACUUUGUGAAAAACAAAACCCCAUGAAAUACAGAAAAUCAUAUUCAUAAAUGUACUAGACUUAAUUAUUUAAUUCUUUAUUCCUGCGAGAAUAUAAUCACAUUCUAUUAAUGCAACAAUUUUUGGCAUGGACAAAGUUUAUCUUCUAUACCUGAUUAUUUGCUUAACAGUGUUUUUUUGUUACAAUUGAUUUGAUCUAUUUUGCAGAUGGAAUAUUUUCUUUACCACCUAAACAUACUGAUUAUCUCAAAAUACUCUAUUUUUUUAACAUUGCCGUUCUUACAAUGACUAUUUGGCAUUUAGGAAUCCUCACACGUUGUACUAAAAUCAACGUUGGAAAGAUCCUUUUUAAUUCAACUCUGCAUUUUGCAUGAUCGCACAAGCUUUGCACAAUAUGUGGUUCAAGUACUCUGCUCCUCUGAAUUGCUGUGGCCAUGAUGAGAAGAGAAUAUAGAUUGUAGUUUUUGGUUUGGAUUCAUUUUAUCAUAAUGCAUUUCCCUUAAAAAUGCAAAAACAAAAAGGUCCCUUGGUUAUCAGGGAAAAAGUUGAACUGGAAGAAGGCAAUUUUUCAUGCAAACUGUAAAAAUGAACACAUUUUGAAAGUCAUUUUUUCUGCACAUUUAUAACUGUCAAUAUAACUGUCAAUUUUUGUUGCAUGACUGGGUAGAACAGGGAGCACUGCCUUAAAAAAACAUGUUUAACCAGAAUCAUAAAAAGGUUUUGAACAUCCUAUAAAUGUUACAGAGACGUCAGACCAUUUCAGUGAUGGUCCUUUCUCCUUUGUUUAAUAAAUGCCGAACAAUGAUCUGCAAAAUAUGCCCACAACUGCUGGACUGGCAGUUUCAGGCUUGCUAAACUGAAUACUAAAGGACAAUUUAUCAAGGUUUGAGCUUUAAAACGAUGAGAAUAUCUUAUAUAUUUAGAGGUAAAAGGUAGAGCUGUGAAAGAGUGAAGGUUAUCAACAAAUUAUUAGAGGACAUACCAAAUGUGAAGAACAACCUUACACAAAUUCAUGAACUCUCUGCUUUUUAGGUUUUUCAACAUAAGAUGACGAGCGAGUCCAUUGUGAAGAAAUCAGACCAACAUGCUACCUGUGUAUUUUCUGGGUAUCACCAAACUACUGUGAAGAAGAACAGAGAUCGAGCAUAGAAAAUUAUCAAUUUGUGUAUUGGAGUGAAACCACAGGAUCUUCCAGCAAUGUCAUCACUCUGCUCUGUGAUGAGGGUGACCCAGCAGUGCAGGUUAAGGAAUGCACUUCACUCCCAUAAUACAGGGCAGCCGUGAACUCUGCACAACCACCCUUUCUGUCCUCAGCCAUGAGUGGAACUGUAAGCUGAUAGUAUGUGAUCAACUGCACCCUGGCACCUUCCAUUCUGCUGCUUCAUCACCUCAAUAAAACCUAGUGGGACUAUUCAGUGUGUCGUGAAAAUGGCAGAGGAGGGUUUCCAGCUUAGAGCUCACGACAGCAAAGACUGUGCUGAGGGCAGCAAGCUUCAGCCAGCUGAUUUUCCAGCAUCAACACUAGCAUCCCUUCAUCUCAGGGAUGAUGAUGUGGUCAUCAACGAGGGCACCAACCAUAUGUUGGAUAAUCCUGAGCCCCACUCUGUCGUUCCUGUCGCGGCAUCAUCAUUGCUUAACCAAUCACAACAGCAGAAGGACAUAUCAGAGGAUACCAGGCCUGAAUCUUUACCAGCAGUUCAAGGUAAGAUUUGAGGUUCUCUUGGAUAUCAGUACUGCUAUAAUGUUUUUGAAAAUGAAAAUAAAAAUGGAAAUAUGGACAACCGUGACCUUUCCAAAUAUCUGCAGAUUCUGGUGUCUAUGCAGACUUUUCCAUAACAAAUUCUGGAUUAAUUGUGCCUCUGUGUGUAGUUCCCUACCUCAAACAUACUGCUAGCGGCUAUUCAGUAUCGAUUGAAAUCUGUGAUUGGCUUAAUUGUUGUUUUAGUAUUGCUAAAAGCACAUACAACUGGCAUCCUGAAAUUUGCUUAUUCAUGCUCUCCCAAAAUAUAAAAAUACCUCUGUACAUUUCGACAGUGAAAUCAUCACAACCCUCAUACUUCCAUGAGACUAUUGUACUGGAAUGGACAAUAAAGCAUUACAUUUGUUCAAUGGCACCGCUCAGCCUCAUAGGUUACCCAUAGAUAGGAGAAAAAGGAGUCCAAUGUUGGAUAACAAAAAUGGUCAUGUCAGAGAAGAUGGUACUAGUGUAUCUGUUAAGGAAGAGGCAUAAUCGGAGGCAGGGUUGCAGACAGCUGUGGUCUUUGCACGACUGGCUUAACCUACAUAAUUUUUUGAUGGUGCUGCCAUACCAUAUCAGUAUGCUUGCAAAGGACGAGCAGAAAUACAAAGGAAAUAAACUCAGUCUACAGACAGUAAAGUGGAGCAUAAAUGGACCUUAUGUACACCGCUCCUUGAUCAGUAGGUGACGCUUUACUUUCUCUGGGCCCAGUGUUUACUUAUUUUUUUUCAGAGUAGAAGAACUACAAAAUCCCAGUUGCUGCUUAAUGACUCCAUUUUGCAUCACACUGCAUAUUUUUGCAACAAACAGAAAAACAAAUACAUCAGACUCAAUGUGCAAGGUUUCUGCUUGUGACGAUUUUUAUCGGAAUAUGGCUUAGAACCGCGGAUCCAAAAAAACAUGGACUCUGAGCGAAGACCUUAACAUUGCCAUGACAGUUGUUGAGACUUGCUGCUUCAUUACUUAAAUACUGUAAGUUAAGAAUGUGUAGAACUUUUGCUUGAAAUAGUUUUCAACUGAUUGCUGAAGACUUUGUUGUUGCUGUAGAGAAUAAAACAAUUUCACAGACCCCAAAGGAAUCUGACCUGAUCUAGUUUAGUUUUUUUUUUUUUUUUGGGAGGCGAGUUUCGAAGGUGUGUCACUGUCUUUGUGGGACCUGGGUUAAUGGGUUUACUCCCUCUCUCAUUUUACAACAGCAUACAUACGAUUCCUUCAAGAUACAGAUCCUUCUGUGGCCGUGAUUUAAUGCACCUCGAGGCAUGCCAUUACAAGUGCUGAAGGGAUGAUUUACAUCAACUGCUAACUGUACGCCUCUCACCAAACGCUCACUGUUUCAUGGUGCAUGUGUGCAUAGCCACAGACUGGUAAACACAAACAAUAACAUAGAUGUAAUGCUUUCAGGACAUGUCUGAUGAACAGGUCAUCACCCUUCUCUGAUUCCCUGAUGGCAAACUAGCACACAGGGCCAAUAAACACAGACAAAAAGACAGAGGCAUACCAGAACCAGGUCUUUGGGCCAACAUGGCAUCUCACAGCAGACAGCUGUUGUUUGUUAGGCAAGAUGAGGCAUGGUGAGAAGGGGCAAGGCAAGGCGAGGUCAAGCACUGAGCAGCACAGGAUCUGGGUGAGUGUGCCUGAUUGUUGAGGAGUGCCCAUUCUGGUAUUCAAGGCAGUCAGACAGUGUCACCUGUCAGCAGACUAGUCUGGACAGAGUCUCCCACAUGGUGCAAGACCAAGCAACACAACUACAUCACUUUCUGGAGUCCUUGUUAUUUGGCCAGCAGUGUUUGCUGAGAAGCCACAAGGUGCAGUUAGCCACACAGGCUGGCCUUGACCGACAUCGGGAAUAACACUUGGUCCCUUUAUGGUUGAUGUUGCAGAGUUGUUGGAGCAGAAGAUGGGUCAAAAUGACAGCGGGGCACAGUCUUCCUCCUUGACAGCAUUCCUGAAGGACCUUUCCUCCUCUCUUGGUCAUGAUGAUGUACUUCCCACCUCAACAUCGAACAUCACAAAGGAAGGAGGUACACGGCAGGAUCUCUCUGUUCUACUCUUCAUAGGUGUCCUGUAUAUGUCAUCAGCUUUCAGUUCUGUUGCCUUUAAAAAAAUCACGCUUUAACUCUGAGCUUUACUCGCUGUGUAUUUGUUAAUACAAUGCUUUCGCAAUGAGUGGAAAAAGGAUUGUGGCUCAUCUCACAGAAAAAAAUAGUUUACAUAUCUUGAUACAAGGUGAGCCAUCAAACAGCUGUUUGAAACAAAGCCUUGAUACUUCCAGAGACAAUAAGUUCUUUUUUUUUAUUUUGACAACCCCUAAUUUUUAUUAUCAUGUGUUUGUAACCAUAAGUUUAAUUGCCUCUUUGGUCAGAAAUUCAAUCCAAGAACAAAAUAACCAAAGCCGUGGCAGCAUGCGGGUCCUGUCCUGAUGAUAACCAUCUGUCUGAGGCAGAGUGGUACUGGGGAAACAUCUCAAGGUAUUGACUAUUUUUGUUUUGUGGAUUAUUUGUUUUAUGGCAGAUGAUUUAAAGUAGUUGUUUACACAAAACUCUGACAUGAUUAUCUGAGGCCUUUGUUCUCUGUGGUUGUCUAGAGAGGAAGUUAAUGAGAAGAUGAGAAACACUCCUGAUGGGACAUUCCUGGUUCGAGAUGCUUCAAGCAAGGUUAAAGGGGAAUACACUCUAACACUAAGGUACAGUGAUGAAGUGUUUGAGUCUUUUAUUUGUUGAGAUAAUGAGAUGCAUAUGUGUUCAGGGGAAAAUUCCUUCAAGCUAAAGCUAAUGUGUUUCAGAGCCACUAAGAAAACUGCUGUUUCCCUCCAACAGCUGACUGAGAUAAAUUUAGAGUAAGAGGGAACAGGGUCUUGGCUGGAUGUUGGCAUCCAGGUAGAGGUUGUGUGUAGGAUUGUAGCUGGGUGUGGAAGACAUUUCGAUAACAUCUGUGAUAAAUACCUCUAAAAAUGCCUCUCAUAUCUCUUAAAUUCAGCACUGACUCCACACACAUGGUGCUGACCGGCUGCUCCUGUCCAAAUCUAGUGUAAAAAUAUCUUGCACAGGCAACUCAUGCAAAAAUUCUGCAGGGUCCAUUACAUUACCGAAGCACACUAGUACGUGAAAUUUCAAGAAUAUUUAGUUCCAAGUAUGGGCAGAAUUUUGAAUUUAAAAGAAAAAAGGAUAUUUUUCAAGCUCCCCUCUAACAUGUUAGACUCACUGGUUAGUGGAUUUGGGCAUUUCUUUUAAAGUAGGACCAAUUUAAAACCAGUAAGAGAUGCACAGGAAAACACAGAAGUCAGAAAGAGUGUGGUUUUCUGCCAUUAAACCAGAUCUUAAUAUGAAACUGUAAACAGUUUCCAGUCUUAAUAUGUUCCUUGAAGACAGUAAGGUAAUAAGAGGAGAGUUUUAAAUUCCUCUGACAGUAUGCAAUGAUCAUGUAAAGAGCUACAGUCAGUAGCUUUGCUUGCUCUGUCAAAGACUUUCCUCUUCUCAUUAGCAAACUCAACAAAUGUCUGGUCAGGAGACAUCUUUACAGAAAUACUGUCUAUUGUCCUGUAGUACAAACACACACACCUACUCAAAAUGGCUACCUUGACUCCUUAAUUUCGAAGAAGACGUUUGUUAGGCCUUACCUGUCAACCUAAGUUGUAAUGAAAAGUACAGAUAUCUUUUGACCAGUGCGGAGGCAGCAAAAGAAGCUUUGAUUCAUUUCUACUGUAACUGUUGCUGCCAUACAAACAUUAGUUUGCAGAAACUACAAGUAGCUAAAGAACUUGUUGGCAUAGAAAGUGUGAAAUUCCUCCUAACAGAUGACACUAGGCGCCCCCCCCCCGCAGCAACGAUAGACCCUCACAUGCUUGCCAAUGCAUGCCAUAGCAGGUAAAUGCAAAUAUAGACUUAAGAUUAAUAGAUCAGUCCUGCGUCUGCCAAAUUCCUGAUAUCUGAUCCUGCUAUUUCAGUUUGUAUUGGACUGAGAUUUUAUAUCAGUAGCAAAUUAAAUGUGCAUCUCAGGAGGACUCUCCUUUGACAAGGAAGACGAAGUAACAUACCAUAAGAUCUUUGGAUGGAGACUUAUUUUGUAUCCUCUUAAGACUCAGUAGCUUUGGAUGACAAUUGUGCGUUGACUUUUGCAGAAAAGAUGGCACAAACAGACUGAUUAAGAUCUUCCAUAAUGGGGGAAAGUACGGCUUUUCUGAGCCACUGGCCUUUUCCUCUGUGGUGGAUCUGAUUCAGUACUACCAGAAGAAGUCUCUGGCCCUGUACAACUCGAAACUGGACACAACGCUACUCUACCCUUUAUCCAGAUACCAACAGGUAGGUAAACAAGGCCGCCAACUUAUUGUACUAAAAGUUUUUAUGAUGCACAUUUUUCCUCAUAGUUUGUGUGCAAAUCGAGAUCGAGAUGAUACACAUCUCGAUGUAUCUUGAAAGUCUGACAAUGCUCCUAAAUACCCAUUACACUCUUGUCUGUGAAACAGCAGGUUACAAUGGAAGUUGACAUUGAUGCAGUUGGAGAACAGCUGAGGAGACUCCAGGAACAAUACAAAGAGAAGAGCAAAGAGUAUGACCAUCUGUAUGAAAAGUUUAACCAAACAUCCCAGGUACAGCAGCAUCCUGAUCAUGAAAAGCCCUAUUUCAGCUACCGCUAACAUUUUAGACUAGAACAUGGUCUUGAACAUGGACGUAAUGUACCCCUUGGUACCUGAAGCAGCAUUUUUUGGCCUACUGACAGCAGUCGCUUUUUUUAGUGAUGGUGACUUCACCUGAAUUUCUUUUGAUCUAAUGAGAGACAAAGAGACUUUGCUUUUGCCAUGUUAGUCCCUAGUUUUAUUGAUUAAGAGCAUUAUUCUUUGCAUGUUUUACUGCCAAUUUUGUUAUUACAAAGCCUUGACUGUAAGGUCUUAACUGAAAAGAUAAAGAUGUUACUUUUACCCUUUCCCAGGAACUACAGAGCAAGCGGACAGCCAUAGAAGCUUUCAGUGAAAUCAUACGGAUCUUUGAGGAGGAGUGUGAAACACAAGAACGUUACAGCAAAGAAUACAUCGACAUGUUCCUCACGUUAGACAGCAGUACAGAAACUAAUAAGUAAGAAUACCAACCCUUUCUAUUUGCCAUUAAAGUUGCUCAAAAUAUACUGACAAACUUCAAGUUACUAGGUUACAUACUUUUUUCUAUGUCAAGGAUUCAAAACAACUCAGAUGAGCUGCAGUCAAGAGUGGAGGAGAUCCACAGCAGCAAAAAAAAGUUGGAGGAGGAACUUAGGAUGAAGGCGUUGGCUCACAUGGAGGUUGACAGGAAGAUGAACAGCCUGAAGCCAGACCUUGUCCAGCUCAGGAAGAUCAGAGAUCAGUACCUGUUGUAAGUUCAACCUCUCAGUAUCUUCUUCAACCAACAAUUUAAACUUAAAGAGAAACUUUCUGAUAAUUUUAGGAAUGAAUUUAUUUUGUAUAUUUGAUCAUGAUUUAUUUUAAACUGGGAAAGGAAAUGCAAGAACCUCCCCACAUUUCUGCACAUUAUUACACCCUAUCUCAACUGGCCAAUGUACAAAAGUAGAAUAAAGAGAGGCUAGUUUAACUGAUAAUAGCAACUUUUUUUCUCUCACAGGUGCUAUAAAAACAAUGAAACUAGGGGUGUUCCAAUACAACUUUUUUACUUAAGCUACGAGCGGAGUCUGGAAUGGACUGCUUGUAUCGGAGUGCUGAUCUUGGAGAUUUUAGACGCAGGUCGAUAUAAUCCAAUAUAAAUUUUUUUGCUGAUAUUGGACUAAUAUUGGAUAUCAGUAUCAUAUCGGGACACCCCUAAAUGAGACGAAAUAAAUUAGUGUGCAACUAAAAAAAGCCCUGAAUCUUAAUAUUUGAAUCCAAGAUAGAACUGUCACCUUUUGUGGGAAUCGCUGCUAUCUCAUAAGUUCCUUCAGUACUGUCUUCUGAUUUUUUUUUUAAUCAAACACACUUGAUGUUUUAAAGUUUUUUUUUCUUAUACAGUGUCUUAUCCAUGUUUCAGAUGGCUCACUCAGCAAGGCACUAGACAGAACCAGAUCAAUGACUGGCUUGGUCUCAGGAAUGAAGAAGAGGAGUGAGUAUCCUUAUGUAAUUCAACUGAGUACAAGAAAAUAUAUUACCAUUUUUUUCAUUACUGUACAUAAUCUGUCUCUACCUAGAACUUGAAACAUGUUGAAAAAUGUGUGCCAUGUACAGAUAAAGUAUGACAACAAAGGAUGUUAAAAUAUCCAAAGAGUCAUAACUUUUAAUGGAAUAAAGGCACUGAAAAAAAGCUCCAUAACUUUUUCUAUUUGUAAUUUUGAUAGUACUUAAGGAACCAAGCUAAUACUAAUCUGAACCUUCACUUCAAAAAUAUCUCUUAGCCCGUAUACCCUUGCUGAUGACAGCCACCAAGAGGAGCAGAGCUGGUAUGUAGGUGGUAUGAGGCGGAAGGAGGCAGAGGAACUGCUCAGAGGGAGGAGAGACGGGACGUUUCUUAUCAGGGACAGCCAGACUCAGAAAGGAUCCUUUGCCUGCUCUGUUGUGUGAGUAUCACCUGAUAGUUGAGAUGCUCCAAAUUCACAUUAUCUGCCCCCCUCUGAUUCUUACUUACCAACCUCCCAAGCAGUGAAAGUGAAAAUGUCUUUGUUGGACUUCAGAGUCGAAAGUGUGCUGACAAUAUCCUUACGAGUAUUCACAUAUGUUUUGUUGAAAAUGAUAAAAAUACGGAAAUGUGACAAGACUUCCUCUCAUGCAGAGCGGACGGGGAGGUGAAGCACUGUGUGAUUAACCGGACAUCAACUGGGUACGGCUUUGCUGAGCCCUACAACCUCUACUCUUCGCUGAGAGAGCUGGUCCUCCACUACCGUCACACAUCCCUGAUCCAACACAACCAGCAGCUGAAUGUAACCCUGGCCUGGCCCGCUCUCAGCCAGCAACCCAGCUGAGGCACACCAGCAUGCCACCCUUACGGGCCCUUCCCAAAGCUUCACUGUAUCAGCACUAAGGAUGCACCGUUAUGGACACUGUUACCAGGCUCUAACUGAGCACCGGUUAGUACUGCACCUUAAAAAGACCUUUCAGUAACAGUUGCAGCCAUCAGACUUCGAUAUCCAACCCUAAACUGACACGAUGUCGGAGCACCCAAACAUAACAUAACAAAAUAAGAAUCAAUGAAAUGCUUUUUAAAGCACUUGGGAAAAAUUUCAGUAGCAUUUCCAAAACAGUUUUAGUUUAGUUUCAUCUAUCGUUCGGUAGUUUAAUACAAAUGCCUGGAAAGUUUCCUAAAAUUCCUAGAAAAGCUUUGACAACCAAGUCAAACAGUCUGCUGUCCAUCUGCAUCGCUGUUCUAAUGCUGUCCUCUUUUGAAACAAUAAUCUGAUUAUUGAAAUACAUUACAGCAGUGUGUAAAAUCCUAAUGGUAGAUGGUUCUCAGUGAGUGUAACGGUACAGAAAAAAAUCUGAUUUGGUUCAUUGUCAUGAAGCCUCAGUUUGGUUGUUUUCAGUACAGAAAAAUAACCAAAUUCAACACAGUUUAUUUCUCCUUUAUUACGUAACUAAAGAACUUUUACACUUCAGGCUUGGAGGUCUACUCAGAUCUGAGGGAGUCUCUCUCGCUCCUGAUGAUCGAUGCAUUCCACAUGGCCAAAAGUAACCAUUGUUUGAUUUCACAGCACGAUGCUGAUCAAAGUUUUAAGAAAAUAUUGAGUUGUAUGUUUUGAGUGUCGAGGAAGUCACUGUUCUAAAACUAGAGUUUCAGGAGCCUACGUGCUCCGUGUGUGGUGGGCUCCCCUUUCCCAGUCUGUGUGGGGGUCUUGGAUUUAAGUUACUUUUAGUUGUUUGCCACACUGUUUCUGUAUGCUUCUGCACUAAACUUCGAGUGCAGUACUGAUUCAGUUCAGUACGAAUACAUGUACCUUUGCACUCCUAGAAGUCAUCAUGAAUUAACGUUUAAAGCUGGUCAGAAACAGAUGUAACAAAAAUGCCUCAUAGUGUAAACAUUCAGUAAGAUUGCAACACCUAAAACUUAACAUUAAGUUAACAAAAUAACAAUACAAUAAUUCAAAAUAAUGAUAAAAUCUAUUCCAAUAAUUAUUUUUUUAUAUCAGUAUCAAGUAUUAAGUGGGGAUGGACCGAUCAUUGGCUUUGGCUGAUAGACAUUUUACUGAUUAUCUCAAUUAUCAACCUUUUAUUUUGGGUCUGUUUUCUUGUGCCACUUUGACUCGAUGAUGUCCUGCCUGCAUCACUAUCUGAUGGCUAAAUGUUAAAUGAUGAAGUCAGGGAACUGUAGUGUAAGUUUUACUAACCGUUUACUCCUGUAUAUGGAUAUAUCAUUAAGUGUGUCAUUUUUAUAUUCAACUUCUCCUGGAGGCAUUUAAGCAAAAUUUUGUCUUGGAGUUCAUAAUAUUCCAAAUUCUAAAUUUUCUUUCAAUGAUAUCUGUUUUAAACACCGUUAACUACUAAUAAUUGGUGUUGGUAUCAGACCUGAAAAACUGAUAUCAGUCUAUCCCUGCUAUUUAGAUGUCAAAAAUAACAUAUUAGAAAACCUCAGGUCAACAGUUAAAUUGGAGAAUUGUACUGUGGCUGUUGUUGGAACAAACAGUGAUGGAUAAUCACAGUUCUUCUUUUAAAAACAAGCACAAGAACUCAGAAAUACUUAAUAUGCUGAUUUUGCACAGUAUCAAAUUCAUGGUUCUCUAUGUUUAGGCACUUUUGCCUCAAAUUAUUGCUCUGCAUCAUGCUGUGUAUCAACUAGUACCUAGUGCUGAAACAAAUUUUUACUCUUAAGAUUAAAAAAUGACGAGUCUUCAUUUUUUAAUCAACAUAAUCCAUUUAUGUGGUGCAGUUGUGGUUAUAAUGGUGCUUUCAGGAAACUGAGCUCUGGAUGGGACUCUGCUUUUUCCAAGACACGUGAUUAUGGCUAAUGUAGAAGUAACAGAGUCACAUAUGCACUUUAUCUAAAAUAGACAACCAGAAUACACACAGACACACAGACAGAGGAGAGUGAAAAUGCAUUGUUACACUAAUUUCACAUAUUGGUGUUAAUAUUAAAACAGAAAUUCAAUAAGAAAAAAAAGUUAUUGACAUGUGCAAUGUCUACUGUUUUCAUGGUUAGUUUUCAGCAGCUAAAGCAAUGAUGCCUUUUUCUGCACAUUUUCAAAACAUCUUUAAGACAGUACAGAUAAGAAUAGAUAGGAAUUAUUGGAUUCUACCUCUAAAUUUGUUUGUUCAAUAAACCAGCUUUCCUUUUUGUAUUUUUUUUUUUUGCUGAUGAUUUUCGUUUGUUAAAAGAGACAAUCAUGAAAUUGUUUGUGUAAUAUAUGUAUUACUUUAAUUUCAAAUGAACAAAUUUGAGUGUUAGUUAUGUAAUGUGACUAGAAAUUAACUGUGAAGUAAUGCAUAUGAAGCACAGGCCUGCAAAGUCCUCCUGAGUGUUGACUACAUGCACCUUUACCUUUAGGAAUACCAAACCCUCAAAGGCUCAGUUACUAAAGACUGGCUCAGAUCAACCGAAGAUGAGUCAGAUAACUAAAUACAGUCUCUCAAACGGAUCACAUACAAUGAGGGUAAUGGGUAGGAUAAUACACAAGCCCAUCAGAAUCGGACAAUAACUAAAAACUUCCUUCGUGCCAUUCUCAGGACAGCAGUUCACACUAUGAUGUCAGGCGUAUGCAACAAUGCUGUUAAACAGGAUGGCUAUGUCUAGCUAUAGACAAGGCAUAUCACUAAAUUACCCUGGGCUAGUAUCAAAGCUAACCACACUCAAUCCGUGUAUCUUACAGCUUUUAAAGCAUCAUAAAAUAGAGUAAUCAGUUUACUGAUAAAAUGGAUGUACAUGGCACCUUAGCAUUUGAAAUGAGGCUCAAUCGUCAUGAAAAGCUGUACACAUGAUUUAUACUUGGCGCUAAAAAUUCACGGGAAGCUUCUCCUGUUUUUACAGUGUAUUAAGUUUUAUAAUUGGCCACACAUAAAAAUUACUAUGACUGCUUGAAAUGUACAAGCAUGUAAGCCAGCUGCCCAAAAAGCUGGACGAAAUAGAUUUUAUGUAAUGUAGUGAAAUUAAGACUGAAAUUUAUGUAUUGUUAAAUGUCGGCUAAUGCACUUUGUGAAUAGAUUUGAAGGGAUGCUUGAAGAUAAAAUCUGAAUAUAUCCAAACUAUUUUUGUAAAGUUGUAUCCAAUUAAAAUUUAAUGUAGAAUUCAGUCUUUAAGCUGCCCGUUGAUGUCAGGUGCACACAGGAAUUUUGAUUUCUUAUUUUGUUGGGGUUAGAAGAUGUUAGUUUUAUUCUGUAUUCUUCCUGUUGAAUGAGUCACUUUAAAUUUACUUCUGUCUUGGCAGAUAUUAGUCAAGCAUGUGCUUUUUGAUUGUUGCACACACUUACUGCACAGAGACAUUAGUUUUGCCAAACUAUUUCUUGCCAUGACAGGAGUUGGGACCAUUGCGUUCACUUUAACUUUGUGGCAGUGAGAUAGUUUGUUUUGCAUGCUAUCACUGUGAAACAGAUAACAUAGGUAUUAAAUGUAGUACCCAUUACCAUUUGGUUAUUGUGGCUGAGUACUGUUUUCACACCUGGAUAAGUUCAACACCAGCUAUAAAGAGUUUGAUAUUUUUAUGGUUAUUUGAUAAGUUGGCCGUAUUCAGUAGAUUUUUCUUUUUUAAAAAUCUUUUUCAUGCUUCCACUCUGUCAUUGGUGCUAAGUAAUCAUUGCUGUGGUUUUGUUCAAAUGCACCUACUCUCAGUGAACUGUCAGUUAUACAAAACAAGAGACAGUAUCCCAUAGAGAAAAGACAAAGUGUGGUCUUCUCGGUGUAAAAGUGUUGCACAGUAGUGAAGGGUAAAUGGCUGUACUGGACAGGUUGCUGGCAGACGGCCCCACAUGUUGGUUAGUGGUUUAUAGAAUACAGUAAAGCUUGAGAACUGACAACUGAAAGCUAUGGUGACUAUAUUGCUGAAUUUAAAUCUUACAAGAUAUCUACUGAUGCACUAAUUCUGGUAUCUGACAGUCACUUGCCAUUUAGCAAGUGUGGAUAGAUGUGUCCCUUCUUACUGUAGCUAUGAAAGGCAUGAAGGCCUGGCUGUGGCUGCUUCUUCUUCCUUUGUUUCUUAUUUUAAAUGAAAACUUUGUGCACUGAAAAGACUGAGUGCAUUAUUAAGAGAGUUACUUUAACUGAAAUAAAUUAUAUCUAAUAUUGUGAAGUGUAGAAAAUAUAUUUAUAUACUUAUAUCCCAGUUAAUUUUAUAGAAGAGAAUAGACAAGGUGUACUGCUUGUGCAUAAACAGACUAAACUACUUCUUGGUGGAGUUAAGAUUUAAAGCAUAGCAUUUGCACAUGAGUAUCUCAAGUGAGGCGGAGAUACUGUCUCCAUGAACAUCCAACCUGCUACUGCAGGUGGACACGUGGUGGUGCUAACUAUGGAGAACUUACAGAUAAGAUUGUUACUUGGUACUUGCACUGACAAAACACUGAAAUUUGCUUUUAAAAAGUAAUCCAUCAGUCUCUUUAGCCAACCACUAAGUAGCAUGAAUUCUGUUGAAGUCAAACAUUUCUGAAAUGGUACAUGUAUUUAUGUGCACAUUUAUUGCAUCCUCUUUCUCGAACGUUUAUUUUCUUUGCGCAAACAAAAAGGAAAUGGAGAGAUAUGGCAACCACAUUUACAACUGUUACUGUUCUGUAAGAGAGUUACUGGUGUCUCAUAUCAAAUGUGUGUCAUAAUCAUGUCAAAAUAGUUCUUAGUGCAACUAAUUCUUCAUAACCCUCUACCUAAUAGUCAGCCAUUACAGAACACAUUUGAUGUUGGGUAUUAACAGAAUUUACACAAAUGUAGAAAAGUGUUGUUUCAAAAAUAAUGUAAAAGCAGAGUAAAGUUUCAUUAUCUACAACUUUUUCUUAAAAGCAGCCCAGACACGAGCUGCUUUACUGACCUUUCACCAUUUUAAUGUCCUUAUCAGACAGAGAGGAAAAAUAAGGGAAUGCCUUUUUGAUUCAGAUAUUCUGAAAUUGUGUCCUCUGUUCUAAAUAUAACACUUGUGCUCCAUAAAACUUCCUAUCAAGACGACCUAAAACAAUCUAAGGGUUUCGUCUAUCUCUGAACAACUCCUAAGUUUGAUCAUUUUUCCACUAGAUACAAAAGCUUUAUGACAUGGAAGAGAGCUUACUGUAGUGAUAGAAACAUUAAACUUUCAGUUUGCUGCAAAGAAAUAAGACAGGUGCUUUCAGGUGAGACUGUGUUACUGGUCCUCUUGUUAAUGCCGUCAAGUUAUUCGAAUUGAUAAUUCUGAUUUAAGGUCUAGAAUGGAUAUUGUAAAAUGCUGAGAAGAUUGACAACAAUGGUAUAAGUUUGAAAUGAGAGGAUCACCUGGUUAAGUGUUGGAAUGUAAUGAUACAGAGAUGGUAAUAUUGGUUAAAGUAAGGUCAGGUAACGCAUUAAAGUCAGGUUACGUUGUGAACGGGAACGGGUAGUUUGUUGAAAUACUGUUGCUGGGGGUAAGGAUUUGCAGCUAGUAAUAUGUUUCUGUGGAUUUAAAGCUCCCAAAAGGUCAGGAUACUACUUAAAAUGUCCAUUUAAGCAGAAUUUGAUGGUCUGUAAAUCAUUUUAGGUUCAUAUUUAGUUAAAAAUGUGCAAAAAUGACAUACCAAAUAAUGAAACUGAACAUUUAUAUUGUUCAAAGUAAAAGGUAAAGCAAUUUUUUUAUUUUUAAUUUGAUCAACACAAUCCAAAAUGAAUGGGACAGGGGUCUGCUGUUGACCAUUGUGCUGGUCACACUGUCUCUUGCAGUGGUGAGUCUCUUAAAAGAAACAGCCUACACAUAGAGCUUUAAAGAUUUGCAAACCAUCAAAUUCUACCUUUAUGAACAUUACCACAACUUUUUGGGGAUACUGGGGUUGUAGAUUAAAAUUUAUCUGGCGACAGUAAUUGAGUAGUAUGUGACCUUUUUGCCACAAAUGUACAACUAUGUACAACUUCUAACUUAAGUUAGGAGCAAUGUUCUGAGAGUUAACAGGUUGAAGGUUGUAUUACAAACACAGUGAUGUUUGAAUUCAACAUUAGAAAUAGCUUAGUGAUUGAACUAGUCUUACAAGCAGGUAUGGAGUGAAGGUAAAGGUAAGUUUGUUAGCAAGUUGAAGAUAGGUUAAGUGCAGAAAUGGUUAUGCUGCAAGUUUAUGCAUGAGAUUAGAAGAGAGGGAUUAGUUAUGAACAUGUAAAAGUAUUUACUCAGCCCUAAACUGAUACUGGAUGACUUGUCUAUCUUUACUGGUUUUCUUCCAUGCCAUAACAUGGUGUCAUCUAGUGGAAUCAUUUGUCAAAGAGGUCUGUUUUCUCAACUAAGAAGAUUAUAAACAACUCUGUCAGUAUUUAAAUCCACUUACCUCAUUUAUAUAGAUAGGUUAUGUUUCACAAUGAGCUGUGCAAUUGAUAAAUUACCUCAACACAUCCCCUCCAUUGCAUUCAUAUAGUACUUAUUAAAAUGAUGUUUCUGUAACUCUGGAUUCUACUUUUGCCACCGUGGCUGUACGAACCUCUCAUUCUGCUUAGCUGCCCUUUGUUUAUAGCCUAAUGCUGUGAGAAAAUACUGUUAUUGUGAAUGUUUGUUUACUGUAUGGAUUAUGUAAUGACAUUUGGCUGUUUUUAAAAUAGUUUGUGUUUCUUUUAGGUGCAACUUUUUGGAAAAUUUGGUGGUUUCAAUUUUUUUGUUGUUGUUGUAAAACCUGGUUUCACCCACUUCACUACAUCACCAUUAAUGUUUGCACUCUGAAAUCCUCAAAUAAAUUUGGAUGAUCAUACAAGAGUGGUUGCAUGUUCUUUCAGGGUCCCUGAAAUGUUUAUUUCACUUAAUACUGAAAACCAAAAAGAAAUCAAAAUGUCCUUAAAUUUAACAAAUUUAUUAAUUUAUCUUGUUUGAUGCAUUAUAUGUUCUUGGAAACUAAUUAACCACAAGAGGACAUAUUUGAUCAUUUAUCAGACUGUACUAAGGUGUUUUUUAAGUAAUUUGUUGAUCAUAUUGAUUUGAUAGAAGUAUCAUAAAAGUAUGCAUCAAAUAUGGUACUAAAGGCAAUAAAGGGCUAAAAAAAGGGAAGUACAAAUUUCAAAUCCUAAUUUUAUUGAUCUUUUUCCUGCGAAGAACAAAACUGGUUGUUAUAUUAAUUAUGAAAAUAAAAGAUUUGUAGAUUUGGGGCGAUUACCGAUCAAUCGGCCGAUUUACAGUAUACUACAUACUGUAGGCUACUGCUUUUCAUGCCAACGGGAAGACCGAAACUUGGAUCAUAAAAGCUACACAUGCUACUGCGUCAUAUGUAGCGUGUGUAGCGAGGCUAAUAGCAGGUGGCUAACUCUAACGUUAGCUUGCAUAUUCCAUAGUGUUUCACCGUUAACUCGGCGUGACCGAGACCAGCACAGCGGGGGACAUCGUGAAGUGGGUUAAACAAAAAACUUGUUGCCUUAUUGUGUAUUUCACAAAUUGGUUUAUUUACCGUUGAGGCGGACCACUCUCCUCCGUAAGCUGCCUGCUUCAGAGCCGUCACUCUGCUGUGCUGUGAGGUAGUUAGUGGAUGAAGAUUGUCAUGAGGUCGCUGCGCCAUCUACAGGAUGAACUUUAAAAAUGGCGGAGCAUUUUCAAAGUGAAACCGAAUCUUGUUCGCCGCGUUUUAUUUCUGAAAAUAUCGGCGAAAAUCGGCUAGCUCUGGCCGAUUACCUAUCAGCCUCGAACGGGCUAAAAUUGGCUGAUUUAAUCGGCUCGCUGAUAAAUCAGUACGGCCUUUAUUUGAGGAGAAUUUUGAGGAUGUACUUAAAUCCAGUUAGUUUCACUCAUGAACAUACAUUAAUAGCCCAAACAGCUUAGCCUUGAAAGAAAUACUCCUACCUUCAGAGGAUGAUCUUUGGUUUAGGCCUUCAAGCUAAAGCUGAAGGUCCUAUCCAUGUCCUGGUGAUAGUACACAAUGGAGUUCCUUGGUUAUCAACCAUCGCCUUUAAAGUGAAACAUAAUAGUUAAAAUGGUUAGCAAAUAAUAUAUAAUACAUUAAUAUUUGGACAAGAGACAAGCCAUCUAAAGUUUAGCUGGUUGCCAACUUCCCUCCGUCAUUUUUAUUCAUAAAGAGCUCCUCCUUGUGUUUAUAACUUGUGGUCCAUAUCUUCACAAUUUCGCUCUAACCAGUGUCAUGAACCCUGAGCCCUGUAAGUAACACUGGCGAACUUCCAGAUAACUUCCAGACGGAUUUCCAGAUAAUUUUCUUAACCUAAUAACACCUUUUUCUCAAAGUUUAUUCACUCUGUGUAUAGAAGGAGAUGCUACUAUUCUGUUAGUUUCUCCCAUUUCAGCACUACUUCAAUUUUAACGAAAUGAAGUCGAGUUUUCGCUUCCUUUUUUAACAAGUUGGCUAACUGACACUGUCAAUAACUACAAUACCCAUAAAGCUUUGCUGUUCAGUUUAAAGUACAGUUUAGGGGUUGGAAAAGUGGCACUUUGGAUGGACACAUCACA